CCGCGGUUUAGUAGUUGGGGCGCAGCCGCGGUGGCUGGGCGCGGAGUGCGAGUGGCCUGGACCCCGCGGGUGACUGCUGCAGGGCUUCUCCCCAGCUGGACUGGGCGCUGCUCGAAAGCGCUCUCUCCACUCGCACGGCUUGUUGGGCUCAUCAUGAAGCGCUUGGGCUCCGUGCAGCGGAAAAUGCCGUGUGUGUUUGUGACGGAGGUGAAAGAGGAGCCUUCCGCCAAAAGGGAGCAUCAGCCAUUUAAAGUUUUGGCAACUGAAACUAUAAGUCACAAGGCAUUAGAUGCAGAUAUAUACAGUGCAAUUCCAACAGAAAAAGUGGAUGGAACAUGUUGUUAUGUUACUACCUAUAAAGAUCAGCCAUACCUUUGGGCUCGACUAGAUAGAAAACCCAACAAACAAGCUGAAAAAAGAUUUAAAAAUUUUCUACAUUCAAAAGAAAACCCAAAAGAAUUUUUUUGGAACGUUGAGGAGGACUUCAAACCAGCUCCAGAGUGCUGGAUACCAGCAAAGGAAAUAGAACAAAUAAAUGGGAACCCAGUGCCUGAUGAAAAUGGACACAUUCCUGGUUGGGUACCAGUGGAGAAAAACAACAAACAGUAUUGCUGGCAUUCCUCUGUAGUUAAUUAUGAAUUUGAAAUUGCCCUGGUACUAAAACAUCAUCCUGAUGAUUCUGGACUUUUGGAAAUUAGUGCAGUGCCACUUUCAGAUCUCUUAGAACAAACACUGGAGCUCAUAGGAACAAAUAUCAAUGGAAACCCAUAUGGGCUAGGGAGCAAGAAACAUCCAUUACAUCUUCUUAUACCACAUGGAGCAUUUCAAGUAAGAAAUCUACCUUCAUUGAAGCACAAUGAUCUCUUGUCCUGGUUUGAAGGUUGCAAAGAGGGUAAAAUUGAAGGAAUAGUAUGGCAUUGCAGUGAUGGCUGUUUAAUAAAGGUCCAUCGCCAUCAUCUUGGCUUAUGCUGGCCAAUUCCAGAUACUUACAUGAAUUCAAAACCAGUUAUUAUCAACAUGAACCUGAACAAAUGUGACUCUACCUUCGAUAUUAGGGAACCUGGAGGUCAACGAUCAAAAGGAGCCUCUCUCUGUCAAGAGAUUUCUACUUAGACUUACGUCUUCUGCAAAUGGUUUACUGAAGGCUUAUGGUAUGCUCAGUAACCUGUAUUGUUCUCAGACUAAAAACAUAUAUAUGAUCUAAAAUGCAAAGUCAUCUUCAAUUAUGGUUAAAUAUCAUCAUCACCUCUACUAACCAUUUAUAAACCUUAUAAACCCUUUUUGCACUAACAAUUUCUUAUGUAGCCCCAUAGAGCCCUCUUAGAAAGAACUUGAGCCCACAGAAAGGAUAUAAGUUACUUAAGAUCAUAGUAAGAAUUAGGUCUUUCUAAACCAGAGAACCUACCCGGUCCUUUGAAGAAACCUAGGCAAGGUGGGCUUUUUAAAAAUAAUAUCCAACAUAAAGCAGAGUCUGGCAAUAGGAGGUACUAAGUAAAUAUCUGUUGAAUAAAUAGAUUUCAGAGUAACUCAAAAACAUUCUGAGUCCAUAUGUGAUUAUAGAAGAAAACAAAGGAACGACCAAGAAAUCAACAGAGAGGGCUGCUGGCUAAGAGCCACCCUGCUAGGGUCCAAGAAGACAGUAGAAGAGACCCCCUUCCCCCACUCCAUACCAUCACAUUUGUUAUUUCAUCUAACCCUGACACUGGCCUUCUUACAGAGUAAUUUUUCCCAGUGUGUAGAUGAGAAAAGUGAGAGCUAGAGUGGAGAAGUGUAGAUUCUGGCCACUCUAGAUUUAGUAUUCGGACAGGAACCAAGUACUUCUCCAUGACUUCAUGGCCAUCUGGGCUAUCCUUUAAAGCGCCUGCUUAAUCUUUCUCUUUUCUCCUUAGACUUGGUUGACAGGGGCAAGUGCAGUGCAGCAAGCCCUCUGUGGGACUUGCUGUAGCCUCACAAUGCUAAGACUCCCAUCCUACUUGUAGUGAUCACUAUCUUGCCUUCCAUCAAGACCAUUCCAAAGAGCAGAGAGGGAAGAUGAAGCCCUCAAAGACAUCGAAGGGGAUACUGGAGGUGCAUGGACAUAAGGAAUUGUAUGAGAAUGUUGAGAGAUAAAGAUGAGUAUGCCUUUUGAAAUGGGGGUGGCAGAUGUGCUAGAUGGCAAAGGAUACCACUUCAUACAGGAUGGCUUUAAUGGGACAAGACAUGGGCAGGAUCCCACUGGCCAAUGACAUCCAGGCUCCUUGAAGCAGCUGCUUAAAAUUGGAAAUGAGAACGACAUGAAGAGCCUUUUACCUACUCAUCACAGUCAUGAUGAACCACACAUGAUGAUAGUGGCAACAGACUGAAUGUUUACUCAUAAACUCCCACCACCUCUUUCAUAGCCACAAAAAUUAGUUUCACAGGUUGGAAUUCCAUGUAUUCAGGAUGGGAGAAAAUAAACUAUCAGAAAGCAGAAGCCAGUAAGACAUCAACGCUGCUGCUGAAUUCACCUCUUGGGGCUAUCUGAAGAGAAAGUUGCCCAGGAUAUAACUCUAAAAGCAUUACAGCACAGACUAGAUCCAGUAUGCCACAUGUUGUGACAAGACAGCUCAAUCAUUCCUGGCUCAUACUUGAGAGAGCAAGUUAUACAAUCAAGAAACCGAAGCUGCAGUUGGAGAAAAAUAGCACCCAGGGGAAGCUGAGCAGCCUUAGCCUAGAUUCAUAGCUGAUGACAGCUUCAUGAUGCACACACAGCUCCAACUCCUUCGCCCAGCCACAGCUCUACUCUGUUCCAUGCCCUGCCACCCAAACAAGGUUAAACAAGUUAAACAUUUCAAGGAAGAAAAAGUCUCCAUCAAUAUUACAAGAGAAAAAAAAGUAUUAUGUUAAAACAACAACCAAACAAACUGUUCAUCAGGAAGAAACCAGGUUAUUCAGAAUAGUGUUGUCUUUUAAAACAAUAAUACCAAAAUUUGAAAUGAUUAAACUCUGUACAAGUUUAAAAUUCUGU